UUGGAGUAUAUCUCUUUGCAUCUCUUUGUAUAUUUCUUUUGUUUGCUUUCAUUCAAAGAGGAACAACGCUAACACAUUCUACUUCAUAUACUCGUUCUUCACAAAACUCGAUUCCCAUCUCUCUAGAGUUCUAGACUGCCUUCAAGCUCAAAUUUCAAGCUAAUAUUAUCCAAUUUCUGAAUAAAAUCAAUCCUCGGAAUAACAGAUUAACAGAAAUCAGGGGAUGGUCCACCACCCCCUGAGAUGUUGACUAAUGGACUCAGAAGGAAGGAAGUUUGGAAGAGGUCCAGGUCCAAGAGAGCUUACAGGUGCUGUUGAUCUGAUUACUCAUUAUAAACUGUUAGCACUUUACGAAUUAUUUUGCAAGAAGUCUCUUCCUGUGUCAAUUGCAGACACACACUACCUUCACAAUGUAGUUGGGGACACAGAAAUUAGGAAGGGAGAAGGAAUGCAGUUGGAUCAAUUAAUACAAAAUUCAUCUUAUACAGUAGAUGGAAAUACACGUAUACGACCUUUUGAUUUAGAUUCUCUAAGAGAAGCCUUUCAUCUACGGGAAGCAACCCCUGUUGAGUUACCUUCUGCAGAGAAGGGGAUCCCAACAAUUGCAGGAAAAUCUAAAACUGAUUCAAAAGACAAGGAUAAAAAGCACAAAAAGCAUAAGGACAGGGACAAAGAGAAGGACAAAGACCAUAAGAAGCACAAACACCGUCAUAAAGACAAGGAAAAGGACAAGGACAAGAAGAAGGAUAAAAGUGGGCUUCUGGAUUCUGGUGGUGAACAUUCAAAGAAGCAUCAUGAUAAGAAGAGGAAGCAUGAUGGUGAUGAAGAUGUUAAUGACAUUCAUAGGCAUAAAAAGAGUAAGCACAAGAGCUCAAAAUUAGAUGAGAUGGGUGUAAUAAAGGUUGCUGGGUGAGACGUUUGCUGGUAUUUUGUUCAAUUUUUAUCUCAGUAUUGGGAUUCAAGAAGUCAACAUCUUCUAUGCAAUUAUUUGAGACUGGAACAAAGACUUGGUUACUUUUUGAUUGAUCAGUAAAUUGUCGAAGGCAAGCUUUGUUGCUCAGGGGCUAUAGAGUUCAGGCGAUUUGCGUUGAACUAUUCUAUUUGGUUAGUGCACUAUGCACCCAAUGCUGGCUUAGAAAGACAUCAAGCCACACAGGGCCUGGAAUGCAUUGAGAGUCUUGACAAAAUUGACUAUUUAUCUUUAGCUAUACAACUUUGUUGUCAUUUCUUCUUUGUGCCGAUCUAUUGCUUACUAUAUGUUUUCAUCGGGAUGCUUGUGCUUCUUGUUGGCUACAGAGUCCAUGAUUAUUUGAGGAAUGUGUAGAAGCUGAACUCGUGAAAGAAUGUAUAGAUUGAAGUUUAUAUGGCACAUGGGAAAUUCCCGAAACUUGUCCAAUAUUCUCUUCUUUGUAGAGGUCCAAAUAUGAGCACUUCUAAAUCCAUCUGAGUUAGAAAUUGCAGCUGGUAUGUGGGCAAAGAAGGUUAGGAUAGGUUGAAACUAGAAAGUUCUAAUGUAUUUCUUGUUUCACUCAUUUUUGUUGUUUCCUUCGUUAGGGAGAGUCGGUCAUUUUUGUGAUGCCAAUCGUCCAAAUACGUUGGCAGAAUGUAACAAUAGGUGCUCGUGUAUUAUAUAUAUAUAUAUAUAUAUAUAUAUAUAUAUAUAUAUAUAUAUAUAUAUAUAUAUUAUGCUCAUUUUUUCCCUUAUUUCAAAUUCAAAUAGCUAGCAAAAUGUAAACUCGAUAUUGUAGGUAUGAGUUCUUUGAAGGCUUGCUAGGCGUGAUUAUGGUUUGUGCUAAUUUCUAUGUCGAUUGAUAUUAAUAUCUCUAGAAAGAGAUCAAUCGGUUAUUACAAAUUGGGAGUUUAUAUUUUUUACUGUUAAAUAACGCAUUUGUGUUAUGUAAACAUAAUUUAUUAAUUUGUAAUUUUUAUUUUUACUGACAAUAAGUUCACUUUUGUGUUCGUUCUUCUUAUUUUAUUUUGUUUUUUUUUUUUUUGAAAAUUAUGCCAAAUUGAACUUGCUUUAUUAUUGUAAUAAUGAUUUAAUGUAUCCACUUUUAAUAAAUCGAGAAAUAUGCAGUUUGUAAUUUAGAGGCAAUCCUGCUACAAACGAAGAAAUUUAAAUGUUACCCAAUUAUAUUUUAUAUCCUAUAUAAUCUAAUUGCUUAUCUGUAGUGUUUAAUUGUUAAUUUGAAUGAGAAUAUAUGGGUUAGUUGUUGGAUAAUUAGAGUAAAAAGGUAUAAAAGGUUUGAGUAUACUAAGUAUAGUAAAGUAUAAUAAGUAAAAAUAAUUGGCAGGUAAACGUAGCUUUUUAAUAACUAUUUUAAUUAAAAAACUAAAGUUAACCCUCCUACUUUAUUUCCUAAAAAUUAGGAAAGCUGAUAAGCAUGGGAUUAAGGGCCUAAAAUUGACUUUCCUACUAUUAAGAAGCUAUGAUUAUUUUUAAUAAUUAAAAGCCUACAAAUAAGCCGUCUUGUAGAAUUGACAUGGCCCAAGAAAAUAGCAAUUAAAAUUGAAAC